AUGUCAGAUUCAAACGACAGCGACUUUUACAAAUACACACCGUCCGUUGCAGGCGCGGCCGUUACCGCAGCAGUAUUCGGCAUCCUGACAUUGAUCCAUGGCUACCGAAGAGCCCUAUCGGCUUCGCAGAGACCAGACUAUUCAGUUGGAAUAUACGUUGCCAGUCAGAUUUCGGUCCUGGUGGCACCGUCCCUUCUGGCAGCGAGUAUGUACAUGGAGCUGGGUCGCAUCAUUCGGUUGACGGAUGGCCCAUCUUUCGCAAUCAUGCGGAUUACUUGGCUCACAAAGGUCUUUGUGUUUGGAGACGUCGUGGCGUUCCUCGUCCAGAUGAUGGCGCAUUUCUCGCAACCUGGCGGAAAAGGCCCAAAAGUAUGUGGCCCCCUGGGCCAAGCAUUUGAUCAUAUCUAUGUUUGCACCCUGGUGGUACUCAUUCGCGUUGUAGUUCGACUCAUCGAAUACUCCGUGGGCGAAGAUGCGUACCUGAUGACGAAUGAAUGGGUCAUUUAUGUCUUCGAUGCAUUGCUGAUGCUGGUGGUCAUGAUCGCUUUUGCAAUCAUCCACCCAGCGAGAUCAAAGCUUUGUUGA